CCCGGUAUGCUUUGCUCGCAGUGCAUGUUAGAAAGUUCACAAAGUUUGUAGCACUGACUGUGCAGAGUGCAGACAUCAAACCUGCCGUGCGGAUUAAACAUGGGCAAGUGUGGCUUCAUCGCAAUUGUUGUAGCAUUGUUAUCUGUGCUACUGGGGGUGAGGAUAGUCAAUUUAAGGAAGAGGGCCCUCGCCUCUCGAGAGCUGGUCAACAAACACCUCCCCAAUUGUGUACCACUGAAGAGUCUGAAUGAAGGUUCAGAAGAUAUCACUGUGUUUGGGGAUGGACUAGCGUUCGUCAGCACUGGUCUGAGUUAUCCUGGAAUGCCCUCUUCAGACGCUCCCGGAAAGCUCUUUCUCCUUGACCUGAAAGACUCUCGGAUGAAGCCAGCGGAGCUGCGAAUGCCGAGAAAUUUUGACCUUGAGACAUUCAACCCUCAUGGCAUCAGUGUCUACACAGACCCAACUGAUGGCGCAGUGUACCUUUUUGUCGUGAAUCAUCCUCACCUCAAAAGCCAAGUAGAGUUAUUUAAGUUUGUUGAAGAAGAACUCUCCCUGUUGCAUAUAAAGACCUUCAAACAUGAACUUCUUUAUAGGGUGAAUGAUAUUGUGGCUUUGGGAGUGGAUCGUUUCUAUGCCACCAAUGAUCACUAUUUUUCACAUGAAAUACUUAAAACAUUUGUGGAGCCUCUUCUGUGUCAACCAUGGACUAACGUUGUGUAUUACAGUGCAGAGACAGUUAAAGUUGUCUCUGAGGGAUACUACUUUGCCAAUGGCAUCAACCUGUCACCAGACAAAAGGUAUAUAUAUGUGAUGGAUCUACUUGACCAAAAUGUGCAUGUGUUGGAGAGGAAAGAAGACAAUGCAUUGGCCUCUGUCAAGGCCGUAGCUGUGGGCUCACUCUGUGACAACAUAGAAGUCAACCCUCAAACAGGUGACCUGUGGUUGGGCUGCCAUCCUAAUGGAUGGAAACUUUUGAAAUAUGACCUUAACGAUCCACCGGGAUCAGAGGUCAUCUGCAUUAAGAACAUUCAUUCAGAAGAGCCUGUGGUGACACAGGUAUAUGCUGAUGAUGGUCAUGUAAUUAUGGGCUCCUCUGUAGCUACGACUUAUGCAGGAAAACUGAUCAUUGGGUCAGUCUUCCAUAAAACCUUGUGCUGUGAUUUAGACUAGGCAAUGGCGCAUGCAGCUUACAAUACAGCAGGAGACACUAGUUGAAUUAGAGAAGUAGAGCCAGACUGGUUUUAAUAUGCACUUAUUAUAUAAGAAAGAAAAGCUUUAUUGCUGAUGGUGUCACUCUGUAAAUAUGUUUGUUUGAGCUCUGAAGUCAACACUGCAUUCAUCUUUGGUGUCUGUUAAGUUUUUAAAAGCUGUAUUAGAUACGUUUUGUUUCAUAUUUUUAUACGGUGAUUAAGCUUACGCAUAGACUUGGCUUACGACUGAUCUAUUUUGACCAAAGUCUGGUUAAAACUAACCUGAAUGGUUAAUGUCAGCAAAUACUUGAGAAAGCUAUAGUAACCUAUGGGUGGAUGGAUAAAAAUGUUUAUACAUUAUUGUAUAUUCAAACACUAAGGAAAUGUUUUGGUCAAAACUGAAUAAUGUGAAACCAGAACCUCUGCGCAGAAAUAAAAGGUUUUCGAAUUAUGUUUGGUGCGUU